AAAAAAAAGUAAGAAAAAAAAACAUGUAGAGAGACGGAUGCCCCCAAUGGGAAUCCAGAGGAGGCCAGCAACCACACCCAUUUUGGUUUAUCCGUUCAUUACCUUCACACCUUUCUCUGCCUCAAUCUCUCACCAUUCACCAACCAGAUAUCGUCUCUUAUUAACAAACAAAGUCUCCCCAAAGUCCAACCUUUCGUUUCAAAACACCAGUCCCUCCUACUACUUCGACUCACUCGCUAGAAGAAUCGUAGUGGGACUGUAAAUUGUAAUCCUCCUCCUCGUAAGCUUUUUAUCUAGAUUCUUCUCCUGCAACUCCAAUGGCCUCCUGCUCUGCAGCUUCGACAGCAUUGCUCUCACCCUCAUCUUCCCUUACUAGGGCUUCCAUUUCCCCCAAAUCUUCCGUUUUCCCUCAAACCCUAUCCCUCCCUUCUUCUUUCAAUGGCCUCCCUCAAUCCUCUUCCUUAUCCCUUGUCCCUCGCUCUCUCUCCUCCCGUUCUGCUGCCCCUAAACGCCGCAGUUUAGUUGUCCGAGCUGGCGACGACCUUCCACUGGUUGGGAAUGUAGCUCCAGACUUUGAAGCCGAGGCUGUCUUCGAUCAGGAAUUCAUCAAGGUGAAACUGUCUGAGUACAUUGGAAAGAAAUAUGUAAUUCUGUUUUUCUAUCCUCUGGACUUCACAUUUGUUUGUCCUACUGAGAUCACUGCUUUCAGCGACCGCUAUGAUGAAUUCCAGAAAUUAAAUACCGAAAUUCUUGGCGUUUCAAUCGACAGUGUGUUCUCCCAUCUGGCAUGGGUGCAGACAGAUAGAAAGUCCGGUGGUUUAGGUGACUUGAACUAUCCUUUAGUUUCUGAUGUCACCAAGUCAAUUUCCAAAGCAUACAAUGUGUUAAUUCAUGAUCAGGGAGUCGCACUGAGAGGGCUUUUUAUAAUUGAUAAGGAAGGAGUUAUCCAGCACUCAACCAUUAACAAUCUUGCAAUUGGUAGGAGCGUAGAUGAAACAUUGAGGACACUCCAGGCGUUGCAAUACGUGCAGGAGAACCCAGAUGAAGUGUGCCCUGCUGGAUGGAAGCCUGGUGAGAAGUCCAUGAAGCCAGAUCCUAAGCUCAGCAAAGAGUACUUCGCUGCUAUAUAAAUUUAUUUAGACCCUAAAAAAGAAAGGCAUGUCUGUUUGUCAUUUAGAGAGAGAGGCUGUAGAGAGUUUUGCAUUGUGCUGUAACAUGUUUGAAAGUCAUACUUUUUUUGUGAGAUUGUGAGCUUUUUUCUUGGAAUAAAGUUACAAUCCCUGAAAAUUCCAUUAUGAAGUAAAUGAUUUUCUGGUCUCUGCACUUCUGUUGACAAGCCAAUUUGAUCAACUUUAAUCCUUCCAUGUCAAGGGCCUGACAGCAAUCUCAAUUUACAAGGUAUACAAUCCCGCACUUGGCAAACUGAGUACUUCAGGUUCAGGGAGCUCAUAUGCACGCAAUUCCUUUAAUAUACACAUAUAUAUAUAUAUAGAUUAUUGUGGUUCAUUAUACCAGUUAGCGAUCCUUAACUAUGUAAAGGCUGUUGUUUGGUUCUUCUAGUUCCUUUUGUUGUUGCAUACAUGCGAUUUCUGGAGAGGUACAGUUACAGCUGAAGUGUUAUGUUAGUACUACUGAAGAAGACUGUGCAGAAGCUUUAUUCCAAGAUUGUAAUGGUUGUAAUGGAUGAUAACAAUGAUGUAAAGAUUCUAAAUUGUUCGACUUUGAAACAUCUUCCUUCCGACAGCCAUGCCUGGUGUUAGUUCAUUGAUCUUAACUAAAAUCGAAGAGAAGUGAAGUUAGGCAAAACGGGAAGAUUUCUGAAAGAUACUAAUCGAUGGGGCAACAUAAACGGUCAUAUUUUGGGAAGAAGGAAAGAAAUCAAUUUACA